AUGCAAUUCUUGGUUUUAUCUGCUAUUAUCAGCUUUCUCGUCACCACCACCGCCAUCUUCUCUGCUUCUGCAUCUCUUAUUCCAGAAGACGUACCACCACCCGGUCUCGUCAUCCUCAAACGAACAGCGAUACCCAGCAACGGCACCCUAGCCUGGUACGGCCAGGCCUUAAACGCCAUCACCACCAUCUACCAAAACACCACCACCGGCGUCGACGACGACGACGACGACGACGUGAACAUCUUUAGCGCCGGCUGCUCCAAGUCCAACGACAAUCUUGAGCCCACUUGA